AUCUUGUCAAUAUCGAAGGCAACAGUUGCAGGUCGUGAUGACCUUCACACGUCACAAGGACACUGCAUGUUUAUCUCGGGAUAUAAAUAAACAAGCAGGCAGUAUUUCUCCUGACUGCAAGAGACUUCGUCCACGGCGUGCCUCUCCACCCAGCAUUAUGCUUCGUCUGGUACUUCUGGCGGCGGCAGUGGCGGCGGUGGCGGCCUCGCCCACCAUCCCUCUGGCGGCCAAGGCGAUGUACAACCCGGAACUCUUCCAGGGUGACAUCAAGGGCAUCGCUGGACAGGAGCCUGGGCACGAGAGGGCGGCCAUCCUGGGACCGCAGUACCUGUGGCCUGGCGGUGUGGUGCCCUACGUCUUCGGCAGCUCCAUCACCUCCCAUCAGAAGAGCAUCAUUCUUCAGGGUAUGAGUGACUUCCACGCCAAGACUUGCAUCAGGUUCGUCGAGAGAACCACUCAGCGCGACUACAUCGAGAUUGUCUCCAACGACAGCGGGUGCUGGUCCUACGUGGGCACGAUCGGAGGCAAGCAGCGCCUCUCUCUUGACGUCAACGGCUGCAUCUACGUGGGCACGGCCAUCCAUGAGCUGAUGCACGCCAUCGGCUUCUACCACGAGCACUGCCGCAACGACCGCGACAACUACGUCACCAUUCACUACGAAAACGUCAUGCCAGGGUACGCUUACGCCUUCGACAAGGACACCUACUGGCAGUACGUGGGCGAGGGCUACAACUACGCCAGCAUCAUGCACUACGGCACGUACGCCUUCUCCGUGAACUGGGGCGUGCUGGAGACCAUCGUGCCCACGGACCCCAACGUGGUGCUGGUCGAGGCUUACGACAAGUAUGAGAUGGAGCACACUGACGCCAACCAGAUCAACAACUUGUACGCCGCCGAGUGUGCGCGGCGCCACUAAGCGAGCCGCCAAAUAUUGACACCAAAAACAUGAUUCUCUUUUUUAACUCCUUCAUAAAGCUUUUACUUACAUACCCAUACCUCCACCGCCACUGCCACCAGCAGAGGGACAUCCACGUCCUCAGCACUGACAGUGGUAAAGUUAGUGCUGCAGUUUGAAAGAUAAAUCACUGCCCGGAUCCAAAAGCUUCGCGUCUACUCACACAAGUCUUUCCUCACGGUCACCUGACUUAAUUAUAGGUUAUGUACAACAGUUCCUGCAAGCCAAAUAAAGGGUAGGAAUCACUUCUCUCUGACUUCUUGAUUUGUUUUAAGAGAGGAGCAUCAAGAGAUCUAGUAGAUUAGUAUCCUCAAGUCAGAAGUUCAGAACAAACGGUCAAGAAGAAAGGCACACCAUUAGGACUCGUACUCAGAAACGCGUUGGUCUCUCACCACGAUUAUUUUCAUGGGCGGUCCUAAUUAGCCGCGUUCUCCAGAGCGUUUCUUUUGGUAAUAACGUAGAAAUCUUGUUCACUAAAAACGUAAAAACACCCUUGAAAACCUUGAGAAAGUAGUGGAUGUAAUGGGAGAGGUGUUUCAGAAUAAGGUCCGCUACACAGAUAGACAUGUUGAUGCCGUCACAACAACUGUACUGUGACUGACGUGUGCACAGGAGAGCUACUACAUUUUUGUUAUGGUUUGUGGUACAGGACUCAUUACAAUAAUACACUAGGAACGCUGUCAAUACCGAAAAUAAAUGAACAGUCAGUA